AUGGCUACCAGAAAAGAUUUAAUAAUUAGCAAGACCAAACAAGCACAACUAAAACACAAAUUUACAGAUAUCGAGACAAUUUUUUUCCGCUGGUAUGAUUUCAAUGAACACAAAGAAAUUUUUGAAUAUCGUAAUGAGUAUUCCAACAACUAUAAAUUGGCACAUAUGUAUAACUUUCAAAACAUAGAAACCUGGCUUAAAGAAACGCAACCACACAAUAAACCAAAUAACGAUCCCAUGCAUAAAUUUGACCAAACGCAAAAUCGUAAGCCACUAGGACGGCAACUAGUAAAUGUGGGAUUUGAUAAUACCGAGGUUAACUACACUUCUUAUAGUAAUGAAGAAUUCCUUCCUCCUUCUAUAAUACCCGAUGAUAGACACAUUGCCAUUCAAGAAGACCCUUUUGCACAAUCUGAUGAUAGUUCAGUUUAG